AAAUCCAAUCUAGCCUCUCUCCUCUUCUUAAAACUUGUUUCUUCUUUCUCUCCUCACCCUCUAAUUUCUACCAAAUCAGAUCAAAACCUGUGUUUCUUUCUCCCAAAUACGAAUUAAAUUUUGAAAACACUUCAUUACUCGACCCUUUUUUGUUUUUGUUUUAACAUACAGAGUUUCCCAAUAUAUUGGAUAUUUUCUCAUUUCUGAAAUUGGAUUAUUAAUUUUUUUUCCCGAGUGUGGAAGAAAUAUGAGUUGCAAUGGAUGUAGAGUUCUUAGAAAAGGAUGCAGCGAAACAUGCAUCCUUCGUCCUUGCCUUCAAUGGAUCGAAUCCGCCGAGUCGCAAGGCCACGCCACCGUCUUCGUCGCUAAAUUCUUCGGCCGUGCCGGUCUCAUGUCUUUCAUCUCCGCCGUCCCUGAACUAAACCGCCCUGCUUUGUUUCAGUCUUUGUUGUUUGAAGCGUGUGGGAGGACGGUGAAUCCGGUUAACGGAGCGGUUGGGAUGUUAUGGACCGGGAACUGGCACGUGUGUCAAGCGGCGGUUGAAACUGUUCUUCGCGGCGGGACUUUACGACCGAUGUCAGAUCUCCUCGAAUCUCCGUCGUUGAUCUCCUCCGAUGACUCUUCCGAGAUGAUCUGCACCGAUAUUCGGCGAGACGUUUCCCGGAACAACCAAAACCACCAUUGCCGCUUCUCAUCAUCCAGAUCUAAGCUAAAUACGACGGAGAUUGAACCGGUUGAUCGGAAACGAGUGAAAACCGAUCGGUAUGGUUCGGAUCUGGAUCUCCAGUUGAACCACGGGUUAGCUCUAACCUUUCCGGCUAUACCGGUUCCUUUUAUUCCUCCGCUACCGUUUUCUAAGGCGGGUAACGGUGAUGGUCCGGGAAGUCCAUCGGAGGAAUCAGUUACGACGUCGUGUUGGGAAAAUGGACUCAAUGGCGAUACAUACAGAAACAAAAGAGAGACAAAGUUAUUAAACCUUUUUGUUUAAAACCGACGACGCAAAACUCAGUUUUUGAGGUUCCUCUUUUUAGGGUUUUUUUUUUUUUGUUGUUGUAGUGACGGGAAGUGGAUUUUUUAGUGAAGCCGCAUAAUUAUUGGCUACUUAAGGACUUCUCUCUAUCUAGAAAAUAUGAUAAUUUUUGGU